AAUGUCUUUCGAGUUUCGAAGGUUCAUGGCAUCAUUGGAUAAAGUCUCAGAACACACAGCAGAAAGCAGCUGUGGGUCCAGCUCACUACCAGGUUCUUGAACAAAUCCACAUUUCAAGUAGUUCGAAUCUAUUUACUUGAUUCUUUGAGUUUUUUCUUGUCUCUGUAUCCAGUUUGUACGUUCUUCCUAAUGGUGCCUGAUGAGGACUGUGGAGACUGAUUCAUUGAUCAGCUUACGGUUAAGUGAAAUCAAGAGCUGCUAGAUACAAUUGAAAGUUUUGCCAUGCACUGAAAGGGAAACAUUGUAUGUGAAGUUCUAUUUUCUAAAAUGUCUGCCUGUAACACCUUUACUGAGCACGUUUGGAAACCUGGUGAAUGCAAGAAUUGCUUUAAACCUAAAAGCUUGCACAAGCUCCCUCCAGACCCUGAGGAGACAGCCAUCACCCACAGCCAUGUGAAAACUAAUGCCAAUCACAGUAACAACCACCAUAUCAGGAACACUGCAAAUUUCCGGCCUCCUGUUGCUAAAAAACCCACUAUAGCUGUGAAGCCCACUAUGAUGGUGGCAGAUGGGCAAAGUGUAUAUUGUGAGCUUAACAUCCAAGGACACUGUGAGAACACACCUGUCAUUAUAGAGAGGAACCGAAAUAGGACAGCCUUGAAUCAGAAACCACUCAAUAAUAAUAAUAAUAAUGAAGAUGAUACUGAAGGAGUUAGCCAUGUUUCUAAACCUUUUGGCAAUAAUGACAGUGCAAAGAAGAUAUCAAAUAACAAUAAUGGGCUAACUGAAAUGUUGAAGGAGAUAGCAGGCUUGGAUACUACUCCUCAGAUAAGAGUAAAUGAAACAAAUGCCAAAGAAAUAUUCUUAGGAAGAAUAAAUGAUUGCUAUAAACGAUCUUUGGAAAGAAAGCUUCCACCAAGUUGCAUGAUGGUUGGGAUAAAGGAUACUCAGGGCAAGCAUGUUAUUCUGAGUGGGAGCACAGAAGUGAUCAGUAAUGAAGGGGGCCAGUUCUGUUACCCAGAGUUUUCUAGUGCAGAGGAGUGUGAGGAAGAUGUACUUUUCAGUAACAUGGAAGAGGAGCAUGAAAGCUGGGAUGAAAGUGAUGAAGAGCUGUUGGCCAUGGAGAUUCGUAUGAGAGGACAACCUCGAUUCGCUAACUUUAGGGCAAACACCUUGUCUCCUGUUCGAUUCUAUGUGGACAAAAAAUGGAAUACUGUUCCUCUGCGAAAUAAGUCUCUGCAGAGAAUCUGUGCUGUAGACUAUGAUGAUAGUUAUGAUGAAAUCCUGAAUGGUUAUGAAGAGAAUUCUGUGGUCUCCUAUGGACCAGGAAGCAUUCAGAGCAUGGCAUCAUCUGACUCCACAUCACCAGAUUCUUGUUUAACAGAAGAAUCACGUUCUGAGACAGCCAGUAGUUUAUCCCAGAAGAUCUGUAAUGGGGGAAUAUCUCCUGGUACCCAAGGAGAUUCUAAGGACAUGAAGGAAAGUGAGCCUAAUUAUGAAAGUCUCUCUGGUAACCAUCAAGAGGAUUUGUCACAAGCAUCCAAAGGUUCAGAUAAAGUUCCAGAGACACACAAAGCAGUCCUUGCUCUCCGAUUAGAAGAGAAAGAUGGCAAGAUUGCUGUACAAACUGAGAAGCAAGAAAGAAAAGCCUCUACAGAUACUGCUGGGCAAGCAGUAAUCAUAAACCUCAUUCCUGUACAAGAGCAAGCAAAGCCUUACCGCAUAGUGAACCUUGAGCAGCCGUUGUGCAAGCCAUAUACUGUUGUAGACGUGUCAGCAGCGAUGGCUAGUGAGCACCUUGAGGGCCCUAUUAACAGCCCCAAGACAAAAAUCUCAUCUUCUACUCCAAACUCUCCGGUGACAUCACCUAUAUCAACAUCAGGACAACUAAGUGCCCAUUUCCAAAAAUCCAGUGCAAUUCGAUACCAGGAAGUAUGGACAUCCAGUACCAGUCCACGACAAAAGAUACCUAAGGUGGAAUUAAUUAGUAGUGGGACUGGAUCAAAUGUCCCUUCAAGGAAAAACUGUCACAAGUCAGCACCUACUUCACCCAUUGCUGCAAAUGUUUCCUCUAAAACCAUCCCUGUUAAGUCACCUAAUUUGUCUGAAAUAAAAUUUAAUAGUUAUAACAAUGCUGGUAUGCCUCCUUUUCCAAUUAUCAUUCACGAUGAGCCAACUUAUGCUCGGAGUUCCAAAAAUGCUAUCAAAGUUCCCAUUGUAAUUAAUCCAAAUGCAUAUGACAAUCUAGCCAUUUAUAAAAGUUUUCUUGGAACAAGUGGAGAACUUUCAGUGAAAGAAAAAAGCACAAGUAUGAUAAGCCAUACUUAUGAAGAAAUAGAAACUUCAAGCAAAGUGUCUGAUGACACCACUGGCAAUCCCACUGACUGUCCACAAGCUAAAGGGUUUUCAAAUAGCACAGAAUGUAAAAGGGGCUCAGUGGCUCAGAAGGUCCAGGAGUUUAACAGCUGUCUGAACAGAGGUCUGCCUUCCCCACAGAGAAGCUGUAGUUCCAGCCACAGCUCCCCAACUAAGAUCCAGAGAACCACUCAAGAACCUGUUGCCAGAACAGAAGGCACUCAGGAGUCUCAGAUGGUGGGCAGUGGCAGCAGCAACAAGGAGAAUGCAAGCAUAGUGCUUUCUCAAAUUGUGGCUUCUAUCCAACCCCCACAGUCCCCUCCAGAAAUGUCCCAGUCAGGCUUUAAAACUUGCAGUGUGGAAGAGCUUUAUGCAGUUCCUCCUGAGGUUGAUGUUGCUAAAAGUAUACCAGUCCGGCCAAAAUCUCUCUUUCCAUCUCAGGCCAGUGGUGAGCAUGAAGCACCUCAGACCACAGAAAAUCUUACCACUAAAGUACAGAAAGAUCCACUGGCAAAGCAAGUCACAACCUCUCCCUCCAAGUUAGUGAUUAACCCCCAGAGUGAGCCAUCACCUCCUUUUCCUCCACCACGUUCUACGUCCUCCCCUUACCAUGCAAGUAACCUUUUGCAGAAGCAUUUCACCAACUGGACCAAGCCAACCAGCCCUACUAGGUCAACAGAAGCUGAAUCUGUUUUGCACUCUGAAGGCAGCAGGCGGGCAGCUGAUGCAAAACCUAAACGCUGGAUAUCAUUUAAAAGUUUCUUCCGUCGUCGGAAAACAGAUGAGGAGGACGACAAAGAGAAAGAACGAGAGAAAGGGAAACUGGUGGGUCUGGAUGGCACAGUCAUCCACAUGCUGCCCCCUCCUCCAGUUCAGCACCAACACUGGUUCACAGAGGCAAAAGGAGAGUCCAGUGAGAAGCCAGCCAUCAUCUUCAUGUACAGGUGUGACCCUGCCAAAGGCCAGCUCAGUGUAGAUCAAAGUAAGGCCAGAGCAGACCAGUCAGCAAUCAUGGAGAAGGGUGGAACACAGGAUGGGUUACUACAGGACUCAGAGGAGAAGAAGAAAAGGAGUUAUUCUUCUCCAUCACAGAUUCCUAAAAAAAUUCUCAGUCAUGUGACCCAUGAAGUGACAGAGGAUUUUUCUCCUUGGGAUCCAAGAACUGUUGUUGUGAAGCAAGAUGGUGGAGGCUGCACACCAGCACAGCCCCUACCUGAACUGGAAAGGGAAGAGGAAAAAGAAGACAUUUCAGAUCCUACAGACCUGAAUCCCUGUAGUGCAAUAUACAGCAACUUAGGGCAAUCUAGAGCAGCUAUGAUACCUCCCAAGCAUCCACGGCAGCCUAAGGGGACUUUGGAUGAUGCCAUAACCUUUGGUGGGAAAACAGACCAAGAAGCACCUAAUGCUUCCCAAGCUGAACCACCCCCACUGCCAAAGAAAAUGAUCUUAAGAGCCAACACAGAGCCAAUCUCCAAAGACCUCCAAAAAUUCAUGGAAACUAGUCUUUGUGUCAUGGCUAAUCCCACCUAUGAUAUCGAUCCCAACUGGGAUGCCAGCAGUGCUGGCUCUUCCAUCAGUUAUGAACUCAAGGGACUGGACACUGAAUCUUACGAAUCCUUAGAGAGACCUUUACAGAAGGAGCGACCAGCAGCAAACAGCAUCUCCAGUUUAACCACUCUCAAUAUUAAGGAUAGGUUUUCCAACAGUAUGGAGUCCCUGUCCAGUCAACGAGGUCCCUCUUGGAGACAGGGCCAAGGCAUCCUGAAGCCACAGAGACAUGCACUUUAUCGAGGACUUGAGAAUCGGGAAGAAGUGGUGGGAAAAAUCCGAAGCCUUCAUACAGAUGCCUUAAAGAAAUUGGCUAUUAAAUGUGAAGACCUCUUUAUGGCUGGGCAGAAAGACAAACUCCGUUUUGGGAUGGACAGCUGGUCAGACUUCAGGCUAACCAGUGACAAGCCAUGUUGUGAGGCAGGUGAUGCAGUUUACUACACAGCUUCAUAUGCAAAAGAUCCACUUAGUAGUUACGCAGUCAAGAUCUGCAAGAGCAAAGCUAAAGAAUCUCAGCAGUAUUAUCACAGCUUAGCUGUUCGGCAGAGUCUGGCCGUCCAUUUUAAUAUCCAACAGGACUGUGGUCAUUUCCUUGCUGAAGUCCCUAAGCGUCUGCUUCCCUGGGAGGAUCCUGAUGCCCCUGAAGAGGAAGAGAAUGAAAUACAGGAGAAUGAAGAAGAAAUGAAAGAAGAAAUUGGUGGGAAAAGCCCAGAGUCCUGCUUUGAAAUAGAGUCAUCCCAGAAAGAAAACGAGGGAGUCACUAGCAAGAAGCAGAGAAGUCACGUUGUAGUCAUCACCAGAGAAGUCCCCUAUCUCACCGUGGCUGAUUUUGUGCAGGACUCUCUAAUCCAGCAUGGGAAAAGCCCUGAUUUGUAUGAGAGGCAAGUGUGUUUGCUGCUGUUACAGCUGUGCUCCGGCCUUGAACACCUCAAACCCUACCACGUCACUCACUGCGAUCUACGUCUGGAAAACCUGCUGCUUGUCCACUACCAGCUAGGGGGAACCAACCAGGGCCUUGGGCCUAAAGAACUUAAUCCCACCUCAUCUUGUCUCACAAGGCUUAUAGUAAGCAACUUCUCUCAGGCCAAGCAGAAGAGCCACCUGGUGGAUCCUGAGAUCCUCCGUGACCAGUCCCGCCUUGCCCCAGAGAUCAUAACAGCCACCCAGUACAAAAAGUGUGAUGAGUUCCAGACAGGGAUCCUCAUCUAUGAGAUGCUACACCUGCCCAACCCGUUUGAUGAGAACCCAGAACUGAAGGAGAAGGAGUACACUCGAGCAGAUCUGCCUCAAAUCCCACUCCGCUCUCCUUAUUCUUGGGGCCUUCAGCAGCUGGCCAGCUGCCUCCUAAACCCCAACCCUUCUGAGCGUAUUCUCAUUUCAGAUGCUAGAGGUAUCCUCCAGUGUCUGCUCUGGGGCCCCCGGGAAGAUCUCUUCCAGGCUUUCACCACUGCCUCCAGCCCAGUGCAGAGGAAUGCCCUGCUCCAAAACUGGCUGGACAUCAAGCGAACAUUGCUGAUGAUCAAGUUUGCUGAAAAGUCCCUGGAUAGAGUGGGUGGGAUCAGCCUUGAGGACUGGUUAUGUGCUCAGUAUUUGGCUUUUGCCACUCCAGAUUCCCUCAGUUGUAUUGUAAAAAUCCUGCAACACCGUUAAUGUAUCCUGGUUGCUGCUUUUAUUUUAUUUUCUCCUUCUUCAAGUCACCCACACACUUUCACUUCCUAGUACACAGAAUUCAAGGAAAGAAAAGAGACAAACUGUUCAUUCCUGUCCACGAACAAAUGCAUUUACUCAGAAGGUUAUCCACAGCUUCAAAUCAAGUAAUAAGCUGAGUCUGUCUUAACUUCACAGAAUUUCAACUGCACAAACAUUCAGCUUAUUUUCCAUUGGAGCACUGUUCACCCUAAUUAUAACGCAAAUGCAGAUAAAAAAUGAAAAUGAACAUUUUUGAAAGGACAGCUCCUUUGGUAUAAACUCAGUAAGUUAUAUCCAGUUGCUCCAUAAUUCUGAAUUUUACCUGUCUUUUUAACAUCAAGUAUUUAUUCUCUCUAGCAGUAGAUAGAUUUGGCCAAUUCUUACUAUCAUGCACUAAGCUCUCACAGCAUACUUUUUCCCUCCAUUACCAGGCAGAACUGCCAUCCUUAGUGUCUACCCAAUUUUGGUUCCUAGGACUAUAUUCUUUGUUCCAGUGGAGAGUAGAAGGACAAGGAGAGAACCCAGCCCUUGGAUCAUGGACCCAUUUUCAUUUCUAUUAUCAAUAAGGAGGUAUACUGCAUGAAGGAUGGCCCUAACAAUUUCCCCUCUGCUGCUACUGCCUGAUUCUCCUUCACCACUACUCUGCCCCCAGUUGCCAAUGAAGUUGGGGUUUAUUGGCCACUGUGGUUAAUUACAGAGCUGACCCACAGUGCUGUCACCCAUUCCUCAUCAGAGUGGAGUGCAGUUUAGAUCUUGUAAAGAGCUGGCAAUACAGAAGGAGAUGAUUUUUCUGCAUGUGCAGUUCUCUAGGGACCAUUGAAGAAUAGAGUUUAAAGUACUGUUCUUUGAUUACUGUCAAAGUUGACAGCCAGGGCUAGUGGUGCCCAGAUUAUAGCUUUUUUUCUCAAGCAUUAAUUGGCCAGCUUCCUUCUAUCAGUAACCAGUAUUAACUAGUCUACCAAAUACUAUAGAUAACUGCCCUGAAUGAAACAGUUGUCGGUCCACCUACAAAAUUUCCUUAGAGGGCAUGGCACAGAUGGCUAUUAUAAUUGCCAGAGGCAGGAGAAGGGAAGAAGGUCACGGAUAAGACUGCUGCUGACCACCUCAGGAUGCUGACCUUUUCUGGAGAGACUGCCUAACAGUUGCCCUGGCACAUUGCUCCUUAUGAUUCUGAAACGGUUCUGGAGCACAGCUGACAGGGAAUUUUUAUUGCUGAGGGGUGUGGCUGAAAGCUGUUUACAGUAUGUGAGGUCUAUGCUCCUUUCCUAUGGAUAAAUGUGCAAUUUUUAUAUGUAUUUUUUUAGCUGUGUAUUACAGUAUUUAUGUUGCAGCUUUACGUGAAGCAGAAUCUAUAGAAAUCUUUCUCUUCUUCCCCGGCACAUAUUUGCGCUAAGAGACACCUUCCAUGGGAGGGUGUGAGUGUGUGUAUGCUUGUUUUAUUCAAAACUAGAAGUAUCUGUUUAUUUCAGUCUUGCAAUCCCAGAAGUCACUUGGACAAUGUGAGUAUCCAUACACAUGUGUGCCUAUGUGUGUGCACAUGCAUGAUAGAAGUAGAGAGGGGCCUGGCUUCUGGGAGAACAACCUGUGGCAGCCUUGAUAGACAUGUUCUCUGCAUCCUGUCAGUGACAGAGCUUUUGGGACCCUCAACUCCUAGUGUAGGGUUUCUUAAAGUCAGUAAUAGCUGUGCAGUAUUAGAUAGCACAUUAGUUGCCUUUUAAAAUUUAUGUUUUUAACAUUUUAACAGCCUUUCAUGUGAUUCACCUAUAUCAAAGAGUGUCAAGAACAGAAAAGAAUGUAUUUUAUUGUUCUUCUUUUUCUCCUCCUCCUCCUCCUUCUUUUAAGAUAAUGGGGCAUGGAGCUCUAUUUGUAGGCUGUCCAUGUUCUCCUGCCAGCAGUACAGGACUCCAAAAGGAGAGAGCUAGGUGGCUCACAAUGAGUGUUGCCUCCUCUAGUCGGAGUGCAGGGCUCUGCCCCCUAAAAAUGGCCACAGAGAGGGCAUGCCACUGCAGGCUAGCAGUCCACUCCUGUCCUGCGGCAUGGCUGUGCUUUGCCUCAUAGACUGGGGUUUGGUUCACUUAAGCAUGGCCACAUGCACAUAACUCCUUGCCUAAUUAUACACUGACGUAGCAGCAUGCCGACCACUGACCGUGUCAACCAGCACAUUCCCUUCCCAGCCUCCUUCCCCCUAACCCCAUUCCCUGAUGAUUUGCAUAUUGAGACACUUUCUCAAUGUCACUCUUGUGCCUUGCCCAUGUAAAUUUUAAUGUUGACUACUUAAUGAGAUUUCCUAUUUAAUGACAAAAGUCUCCUAGUUCCCCAACCUGUUCUCUAAGUAUUUUUUCUUCUCUUUUCUUUUUCUUUCUGUUUUGACUUGGAUCCAGUCUUCCUCAUUUUAACUCUGUAGUACAAUAAGCAUGGACACCCUCUAUCAUUAUAAUAUAACAAUGGCACCCCUUUAUAUCAGAUAUUUAGUACUGUUUUUAUAUUCAGAUUUGUUAAGUAUAAAAGAUAAAUGCCAACUAUCAUAGAAGGGCCUCAGGCUUCUCAGAGACAAGGGGCUACAUUAAUUUUCUCUGAGUGAUGGCAGAACAAUGUGAGGGUGAAAAGGGAAGGUGGUGUUACAGGUUAGAACCAAACAGACAAAGUAACUUAUGUCUGGGCAAAAAGUACUCAACAUUGAUCCUCAGACUAUUUUUCCAAAAUAAUGUAAUUCAGUUAAUCUAGUAUCUCAAAUAAUGCAUUUCUACUUUAAUUGUAAUAGGAACUCUGAAUUCAUCAGAGAAAAGAAACCCUAUUCUCAGACACAGACAGUACUAGUAUGAGUUUGGGACUGUAACAAGUAUAGCACUUUAAGUUUUUUAAGUACUUCAAGUCUUUAAUAGUGAUUGGAAAUUUACUUUCUUUUCUACUGAAGUCUAUACUAUAGUUUCUUCCAUUUAUUUUGAGAGUUCAGACAAUAAAGCUGCUAUUGAAACUUUUCCUUAAGCCACAUGAGCAAGAACAAUCUCUCUGACACAUUUUGGUGCUGGAGCAACAGGACAAUGGCUGGAAUAGCCAAGACCAAAACUGAAUGUAUAGCAGAGUGAUAACCCAGUCCAGGAAGGAAGAGAAGCAGAUGUCCCACAAAGGACUAGGACUACGAGAGAUCUCCCAUGCUAGUCUGAGAAGAGCCCCUUUGGUAUAUGCACAGUAAUGCGAUGCCCAGGCACUAGUUCAUGAAGAACAGCAGGAUGGGGAAAAGAGCAGUUGUAAUAUGUGGAAUCAACACUGAAGAAUCAUGAGCCCUGGGUGUUUGUGCUCAGUGGUUAGAACAUCAGCCUGCAGACCAAAGGGUCACAGGUUCAAUUCCCGGGGGUGUGUGCAGGAGGCAGCCAAUCAAUGUGUCUCUCUCUUCUCCCUUUCACUCUCUAAAAAUCAAUGGAAAAAAUAUCGUUGAGUGAGGGUUUAAAAAAAAAAAAAAAGAAUCAUGAAUAGGUCCACCAAUCCCUAGCUAAGUUAAAAUUGGAAGGCAGGAGUAUGGCCUUGGGUUUCAAGUUUUGCCCUCUGAAAAUGAACUGGGUCAGGUAUAGAAGGGGACACAAACUCUCACACUACUGAUGUUAGGGACCUAAAAUUAAAAUAGAUUUGUUAGGAUUUUAAGAGUCUGAGUAGCUUUUCAUUGUAGAUUUAAGUGAAGAUCAGUUUUGUUUCCAAAUUCAGAAUAAGUUUGAGAGUUAAAUCUCUAGAAAUAUUCAUAAAAUAUCUGGGAGUAAAACUACCUAAAAUUGUAUUUCAGUUUUUAGUGUUACAGGAUUCCUAUAAAAGAUCUUUGAAGCCUAGUAGGAUAUAGAAGGAUUGCGCUCAUCUUCCCAAAUUGGUAUUAAGAAUACUUUGGUGCUAGGAAGUAACCUGCUACUAGAAUUUCCCUCUAGAUUUUACCAGAAGUGAUCUG